AUGACUGCCGACUUCUCUUCAUCUAAUCCUUUCAGAAGGAAAGGUCCCCUCUCAUCUUCGACGAUCUCACCUCCUUCGAACCCCACUGUCAAUCACUUCAUGAAUCCAGAACAAUCUGCGAAUUCAAAUCUCGAAUAUCUAUACAUAGAACCAAAAGAUGUGCCAAAAAAGAUACCCAAAAAGGUUCGAGUUCAGUCUCCACCACCACCAUCGCCCUCAAUCCCGGAUUCUAUAUCUACUCUAGGGGAGGAUUCGACACCCUUCGAAAACCCAACGCGAAUAACUCGAGAGGAUGAGCAAGAUCCAUUUGACAGCAUUACAUCUGAUAUAUCUGAGCAUGAGGAAGAGCAUACAUCUCCAAGGGCUCGCAUCCUGAAUCCAUUUUCCAAGACAUUGGAGACGAUGGAGAAUCCAGCUCGAGAUGCAUUAGGCAUAUCACAUACAAAUAUUACAAGCCCUGGGAGAGCUUCUAUGGAUGUGGAUGCAUUUAAGAGAUUAUUGAUGACCGGGAAUGCGGGGUUGGGACCUUCUACCCCGAUGCAACUCCCUCCCGUUCAUGCAUUGAGAGAUGAAGGCAGCAGCAGUACGGAUACGUCUUCACUAUCACGGCAAUCGAUAUUCGAACCAAUACAGGAACCACACUUGGAAUCACCAAGAUCAUCACAUGAGAUAUCAGAACCAGAGGAAGUACGAAGAGUGAUGUCUGACUCUUCAUCGUUACAUGUGAAAAAGAAACCACCCCCGCCCAGUUCGAGACAUCACGGUAAAUUGAUUAAGAUGGAAUUGAAAGAUGAGCCUACAGCUGUGUCUCCCUUAUCACCACCGCAACCAAUAUCCACAACCCCGCAAUACGUUCCUAUCAUGACUUCGACGCCAAACCGCUCCUUGACAGAUCUGAACAAACCUUUACCCCCAGCACCACCCCGUGGAAGUGGUGAAUCGGAUCGAGAAUCUCCAUUUGAUAGAGAAUCUGCAGGGAAAACACCAGAACCGCCAUCUCCAUCCUCAUCAAUAAGACGAAAGGCUGCUCCUCCACCACCUGUAACUCGAAGACACAGUCAGCUUGUUAAUGACUCAAAACUGAGUCGAAGUGUCUCCGGAAGACUUUCACCAAGAUUGGAAGAAGACAAUGUAUCCGUAUACUCAAUAGAAUCUGGACGACCUCAAGCCAACAGCGGGAAAGUACCACCUCCACCUCCCACACGAAAACAUGGUCUAUCCCGAACCCAAUCACAGCAUAUAUCUUCCUCGCUGUCAACAACAUCAUUGCCCAUUCCACCGCCAAGAAGGGGUUCCUCAAAACAUGGCCGAGCACCCUCAGUACACAGCAUCGAAGAUCCAAGUCCUUAUAUAUCCAAACGCACCUCUAUGCAAGGACCACCACCGCCACCUCGUCCCCGUCAAUCACGAAAUAGUCUCGAUGUAUCUCCAGUCUUGCCUCUUUCUUCACCCCAUGCCAGUAGCGAAUAUCGACGAAGUUCUAAUUCAUCAUCUAUGUCACAAAAUUCACGAUUCGAAGAGCAAACUACCCUCGAUUCAACUGGUGGUAAUACCAACAUCCUAGCAGAUAUCAGUGCCUUACAACGAGAAAUUGAUGCCCUAAGAAACCAGUCACAACGACGAAGUGUCACAUGA